CACAAUUAGACAGUGUAAGAUCCCGAAGGAACCAGACGCAAAGGUUUAAAAUAGCACACUUGGAAACAAGAAUGAGUCUUCACGGUGUCUAUGAAAAGAAGAGACCAGAUUAAACUGCACCCAUUUGGAAGUCCCUGCAUCUGGCUGUAUCACUACAACUGGCUGCUGCAGCAUUUGAUGUUGUACUCUACAGAAUGAGGACAGCUUGAGUCUGCAUAAAAUUUUUGUCGUGAGUCCUCCAUAAAUGUUUCCAAGAUGGGAAACACAUCACCAAAGGAAAGUAACAUGGGCGACUCCCUGAAGUGCUGCAAGUGUUACAAAGUAUUGCCUCCUGUAUGACCUUUGAUGAUUUCUACAAGGAUAUUGUCCAUGGGCGAAAUGUCUACAUCUACAAUAGAGGACAAUAUUACAGACCAGUUGGCUAUGAUGAUCAUUAUGAGUGUGGAAACUGCUUCCAUGAGCCAAUCAGGGAAGAACAAAGGAGAGAAGAGGAAAGAAGGAGAGAAGAGGAAAGAAGGAGAGAAGAGGAAAGAAGGAGAGAAGAGGAAAGAAGGAGAGAGGAGAGGAAAAAAAGAAAAGAAGAAGAGUUGAAUCGAAAACUCCAAACAUCCCUCGAACAAGCUGAAAAGCAGCAUGAGAAACAGCUAAAUGAAUUGUCAGAAGAAAAAGAGACCAGGGUAAAUGUUCUAAUUAGGCACAUUGAUCAGUUCAACAAACGACACUCACAGUGGCAAAGAUGAGUUUCUAGAAAUUCUGUCACUGAAAUAUAAUAUUGAGAUUUCAGAUCUCAGUAUCACCAAGGUAACAGAUAACCAGCUACUGAAGAUCGUCUUGGCGCUGGACAAUCUUCUCAGUGAUGAAUGGAGAAAUAAUCCCCCAUCCCUCAGCACUCUGCAGCAUGUACAAGUUUACGUCACAGAGCUUUGUGCCGUGUCUCUGGAAUUACCAGAGGAGGCAUCGCGGGAAAAUGUCUUCAAUCAUCUGCAGUCCUUGGUUGGGAUUAUCAGUGAAUCAGCAAGUAAUGUUUCAGAGAGUUUCCAGUUGACUCAUGCGCUAUAUACUACCCUGAUGCACUUCAUCACUAAAAGUGAAAUCUCUGACUGUGAUGCAGUCAUUGUAGCCAAAAGAUGGUCAGAAGAAGAGCUCACUAUGGUGCAACUUUUUCCUACACAAUUUCUGAACGUCCUUGCAUCAUCAUUUGAAGAUGCUCCUGGUAGAAACUCUGUUGCAACUUCAAAUGUGGAAAUGCAAAGUUUUAGACUCCUCUUAUCAAGGCUCACAUAUUCAAUGACAAGAAAAACUACAGUGAAACCAUUGAGAUGAUCCAUAGACUUGUGCAGAGAGAGCAAUGGACACCAACUAAGGCCUUGAAUCUGCUCAAAGCAAUGUCAUUAAAAUGGCAAGAGGAUGUUUCUAUAGCUAAAGUCCUUUCAUUGGUAAACGUUUAUGAGAUAUCACCAGGCUGGACAGAUGAUUCAGGAUGUUCUCUCACACAGUUCUUCACCUUGCUGAUUUUGAAAGUUACUAUCACGAUUUUCAAGCAGUUUUCCGAAAGAAGGAAGUUAGCAAUGUAGAUGCAACUCUGGCUGACAUAAAGGUGUCAGAGAACUUAGAUGACUCUACAAUUAAUGGAAUGAAAAAAUUGAUUAUUGCUGUUUUGACAGUUUUAAAAGAUGGACCAAAAGAGUAAUAUUCAUAAAAGAUUCUUUAAAAAGUGAAAUAUUUGACAUAGAAUAUCAACAAAAUGCCUGUUUCAGAUCUGCAAAGCAGUUUUUGAUGCAAAAGGCUGGUGGCCCACAUCAAACACAUGGUGCAGUGGUGUCUGCUGCUUCCAAUUAAGGAAACUGAAAUACCGCAGCUGUUUUUUGCUGAACAAGACUCAUGUGUCAUAGCCAUGAUUUCAGCAUUACAUUUCUACCUGGGAAACAAAGUGGACAUUGUGCUGAACUCUGACCCUGAAGAUCAAACUAAGGAGUGGUCUGACUUCUACAAGAACCUUGGAAUAUCUGUCAGGACAAAUAUCAGGGAACAAACCGAUUCAUCCUUUAGGAAAAUCUAUGAGGCUGACAUUGUGUAUGGUUCCCUCGAUGACUUUGUGUCUGACUACUUGUAUCUGCAGGUUGCGAAUAAAACUCAGAUUCUUCAGCUUAACAGAGGAUUUAUAAUUGAGGAGAAUGUCUCUCUGCAUUCCAUCAUUUUGAUCUGUUAAAACUAAAGAAAAAUGAUUUUCUGAACAUUCCCACUGACAUCCUGCAAAACAUCUUGAGUAAAUUCUGCAGUGAAGAUUUGGAACAAACAAAAAUAUUUACAACUGCUCUUUUUCAGACUCUUCAUGCAAACCUAAACAAAGAUGCAUGCACUAAGAGUAGGAUGUUUGGUAUCCUGAAGAAAAUCACAGGAAAGGAAAUUUCCCUCAUGAGGUCAUCCUGACCUUUAUUGAAAACCUUCUGAGAGUGGUUUCUCAUAAAACUAAAACCACAAAGCAUUGCAUCAACUUGUUUGGAGAGUUUAUUUGCCUACAGCCUGCAGACCUGGACCUUCAAAUGGACAUCAUCCGAAGCGUUUCAAAUCUUGAGGAACAGAAAACUUUGGUUGCCAUAUGAGCUCUUUAUUCUCAUUGCAACAUUAACUGAACAUCAUCAUGAUGAGGGCUGGAUAUCAAUCAUGAAGAUAUUGCAUUUAAUAGAAACAUAUCAAGUUUCCGCCAAGUGGCACAAUGAGGAAAAUGAAUCUUUAAUUAAACUCUUGGAGUCAAAGAAAACAAAACAUCUAAUCAAUCAUUUACAAGAACGCUGGAAGAUGAGAAAAUCAAAAACAUUGACACGCUUUUUGAUGAAAUAAGGCAGAUGAAUGACAUUGAUGAGGAAACAUUGAAUAAAUCACAGAAGAUAGUUGCUCAUGUGACAGAACUCAUCGAAAAAGAAGAAAUCAAGAAACAUAAUGACAUAAAAAAGGCUAAACAACUCAGCAACAGCACAGAAACAGCUGAUCUUCAGGAGGUCUUGGCAGUGUUAUGCAAUGCUGUUCAUGAUGAAAAAAAGUAUUACCCCAGAGCCACUCAGAUGAUAAGUUGGUGCCUCUUGGCCUUGUCCAACACUGGGAAACUCCUGGAAAUGGGAACUGGAGAAGGAAAGUCUUGUGUCAUAGCAAUGUUUGCGGCACUGCGUGUGUUCAGGGAUGAAAAGGUAGAUGUGGUGUCCAGCUCUUCAGUUUUGUGUCAAAGAGAUGCAGCAGAAUGGGAAAACUUCUACAAGAAAUUUGUCAUUACUGUUGACACAAACACAAAUAAAACUGAUGACAGCAGUCGAAAAGAGUGCUACAAAAAAGACAUUGUCUAUGGAACAAUUGAAACCUUCGCUGCUGAUCAUCUUCGCCAGAUAUUUGAGAUGAAAGAUGUCAGGCCUGAUCGCAGCUAUCAGUGCAUCAUCAUUGAUGAAGUGGAUUCUCUGCUGUUGGAUCAGGGAGUGCAGCUCACCUACCUGUCCAGCCCCCUGGUCUCCAUGGAGCACCUGAAUACUAUUCUAGCAAUGAUCUGGGGACAUGUCCAGCAGUAUGGCUUCCUGACAUCAGAACACCAGACAUUUGUCCAGGGUCCACCUGCUUCAUUCUUCAGGGCCAUCUUUGACUCAAUAAACACAGAAGAAAGCGAAAUUAAUGAUCCGCUGGACAUUUUACACAUUGCAGAAGAAACCAACAUUGUACCACAAGGAUUUACAGACGACAUCCAUAAGGGAGACAAGAACGACAUCCUCAAUAAGCUGAAAAUUGUGAGUCAAGAUGAUGUGAUAAAUUUUUUGGGAGAAAUGGAGGAGUAUGUCCCCAAUGGUUUUACAGUUUACACAUUAAAUGAGGAAGGACUGCUUUGUCCAAGAAAACUCAGUCCUUACAACACCAAUCAAAUACCAGACCUAAAGUUUCUUGUCUUGGGUGAAGGAUUGUGUUGUCCUCUCUACAACUCAGAAGAAGUCCUCAUCAAGCCCAUUGCAGAGUUAAUCUCAGAGAAGAUUCAGUACACUCCUUGCACAGACAAUACUGACAAAAUUAGCAUUCCUGGAUUCUUGAGGAAUCUCAUUGAGACCAAAAUGUGUUUGUGGGUGGAGAAUGCCUUUCUGGCAAAGCAGUUGAAGGAAGGACGGGACUAUGUUGUAGAGAAUGAGAAUAUCUGUCCAGUAGACUUCAGAUCCACUGGUAUCAUUGAACUGAAUAAGAAAUGGGGGAUGGUCUGCAGCAGUUUGUGGAGAUUAAGCAUCAAGUCAAAUUGA